AUGAUUGUCUGGGCUACUGGGCGUCAUGGGCUAACCGUUGGGCCAAUUCAGGCUUUCGAGCACAAAAAUAUUUCUUCCCCCAUCUCACUUUAUCAUCCCCCCUUGCAAUCUAGUUAUCCAAUGAUGGCGCCCGCUGCUCAGUCCGCAUCCGCUCCCGCCAAGGGCAAGUUCGACGUUCAGUCGAUCUUCGUCGCCGACAAGGCUGGCCGUGACGAGGCUUCGCUUAGCCUUGCCACGUUUGUCAAGGCCAACGGUGUCGAGGCUCUUGGCCAGAUUGGCUUUGCCGACGCUUCGCUCAAGGCCCUGAGCAACAAGAAGAACGCCGCCGCCCGUGAGGGCGCUGCCGCCGCCGUCUCGACUCUGAUCGAGAACGGUGCCAUGCAGCUCCUCGAGCCUUACCUUAUCAACGGCUCGCAGGACGGUCUUCUUGCCGCUCUCCUCGCCGGCGUCGCCGACAAGGAGAAGCCCGUUGCCGAGGCUUGCGAGGCUGCGCUCAAGUCGACCGUUCAGAACAUGAACCCUUGGGGUACCCAGGUCAUCCUCCCCCUCAUCACCGACCGUGUCGCCAAGUCGGGCAAGUGGCAGGAGAAGAAGAUUGGCUUCAGCCUCAUCUCGACCCUCACCACUGCCGCGCCUACCCAGAUGGCCCUCGCCACCCCCAUCCUUGUCCCUGUCCUCGCCAACGGUGUUCACGACACCAAGGACAAGGUCGCCAAGGCCGCGACCAAGGCUCUUGACAAGGUGUGCAAGCUCUGCGAGAACCCCGACAUUAUCCGCUUCAUCCCCGAGCUCAAGAAGGCUCUUAUCAACCCCGUCGAGGAGGUCCCCAACGCUGUCAAGGCGCUCGGUGCCACCACCUUCGUCGCUGAGGUGACUGCUCCCACCAUCUCGCUCCUCGCGCCCCUUCUUGUUCGUGGCCUCGACGAGCGUCAGACCGCCAUUAAGCGUAAGGUCUCCCUCAUUGCCGACAACAUGUCCAAGCUUGUCGACUCUGAGUACACUGUUCGCCCCUUCCUCCCCCAGCUCCUCCCCCGCCUCAUCAAGGUCCAGGACACCAUCGGUGACCCGGAGGCCCGUGCCGUUGCCGGCCGUGCUAUCGUCACCCUCCGCCGCAUCGGCAAGGUCCCUGCCGACUCGGACGGCACCGACCUUCCUCCCCUCCGUGUUGCCGAGGGCCCUGCACUCGCUGCCGAGCUCGCUGACUUCAUCAAGAAGCUCGGUGGCCCGGUGAUCGACCCCACCCACAGCGGUAUCGCCCAGGCUGGUGUCUACGCCGCUGCCAUCUGCAACGCCCACAUCUACGACCAGAAGACCUGGGAGGCUGCUGUCCCCCCUCUUGCCCAGCUCUCUGCUGUUGGCACCGAUGUCCUCCCGGCUGUCCGUGAACUUCUCCAGAAGAAGGCCGACGAGGAGACUACCGACGACAUCAAGUUUGACGACGAGGAGGAGGGUGAAGACCUCUGCAACAUUGAGCAGUUCAACCUUGCCUACGGUGCCAAGAUUCUUCUUCACCACGCCUCGAUGCGCCUCAAGCGUGGCCACCGCUACGGUCUCCUCGGCCGUAACGGUUCGGGCAAGUCGACUCUUAUGAACGCCAUUGUCAACAACCAGGUUGAGGGCUUCCCCGACCCGUCGGUCGUCCGCACCUGGUACGUUGCCCACGACAUCGAUGGCUCGGAGGAGACCAUCUCGAUUAUCGACUGGGUCAAGGCCGACCCCCGCCUCACCGCCGUCGCGACUGAGGAGGAGAUGGUCAAGACUCUCGAGGCCGUCGGCUUCGACGAGAAGCGCCAGACCGAGACCAUCGGCUCGCUCUCGGGCGGUUGGAAGAUGAAGCUUGCACUUGCCCGCGCCAUCAUCUUCAAGGCCGACAUUCUCCUCCUCGACGAGCCCACCAACCACCUCGACGUCAUCAACAUCACCUGGCUGGUCGACUACCUUACGUCGCUCACCCAGUGCACGUCGAUCAUGGUCUCGCACGACUCGGACUUCCUUAACCGCACCAUCACCGACACCCUUCACCUUAACAACUUCAAGCUCAAGCGUUACCCCGGCAACCUUGAGAAGUUUGUUGAGCACGUCCCCGAGGCCCGCUCGUACUUCCAGCUCGACGUGGCCGAGGACUACCAGUUCAAGCUCCCCAACCCCCCUCUUCUUGACGGUGUCAAGACCAAGGAGAAGUCGCUGAUGAAGAUGAAGGACGUCUCGUUCCAGUACCCUGGCUCGAAGGUCCAGCAGCUCUACAACAUCAACCUCCAGGUCUCGCUCUCGUCGCGUGUCGCCGUUCUCGGUCCCAACGGUUCGGGCAAGUCGACUCUCGUCAAGCUCCUUACCGGCGAGACCGAGCCCAACCUCGGCGGCACUGUCUGGAAGCACCCUAACCUCGUCAUUGGUUACGUUGCCCAGCACGCCUUCCACCACAUUGACCACCACCUCGACAAGACUCCUCUCGAGUACAUGCUCUGGCGCUACCAGACCGGUGAGGACCUCGAGGAGCUCAGCAAGGCUUCUCGUGUCCUCACCGAGGAGGAGAAGAAGAAGAUGGCCGAGGGUGCCGUCGUCGUCAUCGAGGGCGUCAAGCGCACCAUCGACGAGCUCGUUGCCCGUAAGAAGCUCAAGCAGUCUUACGAGUACGAGGUCUCGUUCAAGGGCCAGUCGUCGGCCGAGAACAUGUGGCUGUCGCGCGACGAGCUUAUCUCGCGUGGGUUCGAGAAGAAGGUUCUCGAGCUUGACACCCGUGAGGCCCAGCGCCUGGGUCUCAUGCGCCCUCUCGUCCGUCGCGAGAUCGAGAAGCACUUUGAGGACUUCGGCCUCGAGGCCGAGUUCGUUACCCACAACUCGAUGCGUGGUCUCUCGGGUGGCCAGAAGGUCAAGGUCGUCCUUGGUGCCGCUACGUGGCGUCGCCCUCACAUCAUCUGCCUUGACGAGCCUACCAACUACCUCGACCGCGAGUCGCUCGCCGCUCUCACUGCGGCCCUCAAGAACUUCGAGGGUGGUGUCCUCGUCAUUACCCACAACAAGGAGUUCUCGGAGGGUGUCUGCUCUGAGGUGUGGGCCAUGAACAACGGUUACCUUGUCGCCUCCGGCCACAACUGGGUCGAGGGCCAGGGCUCCGGUGCCCGCAUCGACAAGAAGGAGGGCGACGAGGAGGAGAUCGAGUACGACGCGCUCGGCAACCCCAUCGUCAAGGCCAAGAAGGCGAAGAAGCUGAACGCUGCGGAGCUCCGCAAGAAGAAGAAGGACCGCAUGGCUCGUCGCAAGCGUGGCGAGGAGGUGUUCACCGACGAGGAGGAGUUCUAA